UCAAAAAUUCUCAUACCCGAAACCUAUGCCGGUUUCUUUGAGCUUCUAUCCGAAGAUGGCAAGGCAACAAGAUCCUUUGAAAAUGUUCUUGAGCUUUCACGUCGUCGGAACAUUCGCGUGCUUGUCCGAGAAAGUUUCGUAAUCAGAAGUAACAACAGCAGUAAAACUUUACAUGCUGGCGAAAUCCUGACGCCGAUCAGUGACAAUGGAAAAGCUUUGCAAUGCAAAACCAGUAAAAAUCAACUUAUUAGUCUACCACUCGAUUGCAAAGCGAAAUUCUCACCAAUCGCUACAAAAGAAGACAGCAUCAGUGGAGUUCAUUCUGUGAGUCAUUCAAUUAACAUUCGUCUGAAUCAUAAAAACUUGCUUUACGGUACACGGUUAAUUUAUCUUUUUUUUUCUUUAAUACAGGUUAAAAAUUUACUACAAAAGCGAAUGCCGCUCAUCGUGCGUUUAGUGCAUGGAUUUCCACCAAAAGGUUUAAAAUCAGGUUUUGUGCCAGAACUUCGUCUACUCGGAUGCAUUGAAGUCGAAAACAAUAUUUUCGCGUUGUCGUUGCAAAAGGACGUUGAAUUGAUCUCAAUUCCAUUGAAUGCUAAACUCAAACUUCUGAUCGCUAAGAACAUGGAACAACUCGAAAAUUUUUCAGAGUAUAAACGACUUGUUGACAAAGCAAAUCGAUUAUUACACGACGAUGUUGAGAAUCGAUUACAAGUUAUCGACCUUAAAUUGAAUGAAAAAGAUUCGAAAAAGGAUUCAAUCGUUGUUAAAGAUAGUCUUUUAUCGAAUGGUUACAUUCUAAAGACAUCUGCAAAUUCAGAUGAGAAACAGCUAGAAAAGAAAGUUUUAGCUAAUAGUCAAUUAGCAGCUAACGAAUAUGACGAGAUUGAUCAAAUUUAUGAUUACGUUCGAGGUUUAGCAGCGCUACCGAAGAAUAUGAAUAACUUUGAGUUUAUUUCUGAGACAACUACUCCUUAUAAUGAGCCUAAACUGCAGCAACAGUUACAAAAAGAUGUUCGUGAUGUCACGAAGACAGUCGUUAUUGGAUCUACGAGAUCAUCAAACAAUUUUAGUAAAACAGAUUCAAAUUUUCUUAACUCAUCGCAGUGGAUAAAGCAUGAGUUGAUGGAAAAACCGAUACCACCAUCACUCAAAACGAUACCUUCAAAGAAGCAGCAUCAUCCACGAAGACCAACAUUGAUAUUUGGAAAGAACAAUUCUUCAACUCACUGCCCGAAAAUCCCAUCGCCACAGAAAGAAGUCACAGAAAUGAGCCCGCAAUCUCCAUUAUUUCAUAUUAGAUAUAAAAGUCUCAGUAGUUUACAACUUGCAUCUGAUAUCAAUCCAAUAAAUCACAUUCAACGGCCAUUAACAUCAAAAAUCAAGACAUCACAUCAUAUUCACAACACUUAUUCAUUCAAAAGCCUUCAAGCUCACAAUAAUUACGAAUUGAAGAAAAGUUCCAGCACAGGAACAAAUCAAUUUCGAGGUGAUUUGAAAAGCUCCACAUUGGAGUCAUCGUCAUCAAAUAAUAAAACUCCAGAAAGAGGACGUAGCAGAAGCGUGAACUUGGGAAAUAUUUUAGAAGGAUUUUUUAAGAAAAGUCAUAAAAAGAAAUACUUGGACCGGACAUUGUACUUAUCCACUCGUUUUUGUUGCAUUUUAUAUUUUGUAAAGAGAAAAGAUUUAAGUAUCAUUGAAGAACUUUGUACCGGAGCCGCCUACUGUCAAUAUAUGGAUAUGCUUUUUCCGGGAUCAGUUCCAAUGAAGCGCGUGAAAUUCAGAACCAAUUUGGAACACGAAUACAUCCAGAACUUUAAGAUACUCCAAGCGGCUUUCAAAAAAAUGAAUGUUGACAAAAUUGUUCCCGUCGAUCGUUUAAUUAAAGGUCGAUUUCAAGACAAUUUCGAAUUUUUACAAUGGUUUAAAAAGUUUUUCGAUGCUAAUUACGAUGGCAGAGAUUAUGAUCCAUUAGAAGCUCGCUUCGGAAUUGGAUUAGGUUCAGCUGCUCUUCAGAAUGAAUUAGGUGUUGGGGAUGGUGUUCUUAAACGACAAAUGCAACAACCAGCACGAAGGGUUGUUCAUAAUGGUGAUUACUGA